CAUCACCAGUAGUGGAGUACUAGUAUUACAUAGUAUAUUCUAGUAAAGUAAGAGUGUUUCCAAACUGUGUGUAGUUUUUUUAUCAAUGGAGAACUACUCUUCGAAUAUCGUUUUUUCUUCCAUACUAUUUGGAGCACUUGUCAUCACUUUGAGCAGUUUUGGCCACCAAGCUGAGGCCAGAGCUUUCUUUGUCUUUGGAGACUCUCUUGUCGACAAUGGCAAUAACAACUAUCUAGCCACAACAGCCAGAGCUGACUCUCCUCCUUAUGGCAUUGACUACCCUACUCAUAGAGCCACUGGCCGUUUCUCCAAUGGCCUCAACAUGCCAGACCUUAUCAGUGAGCAACUCGGGUCAGAGCCCACAUUGCCGUACUUGAGUCCGGAGCUCACUGGCGAAAGGCUACUAGUUGGUGCAAACUUUGCUUCUGCUGGGAUUGGAAUUCUCAAUGACACUGGAUUUCAGUUUCUGAACAUUAUCAGAAUAUACAAACAAUUGGAGUACUUUCAACAAUACCAAAGCCGGGUUAGUUCUCUGAUUGGAGCUGAGGAAACACAAAGGCUUGUAAACGAUGCAUUGGUCCUCAUUACACUUGGUGGAAAUGACUUUGUCAACAACUAUUACUUGGUCCCUUUCUCUGCCAGAUCUCGCCAGUACUCUCUUCCAGACUAUGUAGUCUACAUCAUUUCUGAAUAUCGCAAAGUCCUUGCGAAACUAUAUGAGUUGGGAGCCCGGCGGGUGUUGGUGACAGGGACUGGACCCCUAGGGUGUGUGCCAGCAGAGUUGGCUCAACGAGGCAGAAAUGGUCAGUGCGCGGUCGAGCUACAGCGAGCUGCAGCCUUAUUCAACCCUCAGCUUGUUGACAUUAUCAAUAGCCUAAACAGUGAGAUUGGCACGGAUGUCUUCAUUGCUGCAAAUGCAUUCAAUAUGCAUAUGGAUUUCAUCUCCAACCCUCGAGCAUAUGGAUUUGAAACAUCAAAGAUUGCAUGCUGUGGACAAGGACCAUUUAAUGGAAUAGGGCUUUGCACUCCACUCUCAAACUUGUGUCCAAACAGAGAUGUUUAUGUGUUUUGGGAUGCCUUCCACCCAUCAGAGAGGGCAAACAGAAUAAUUGUGCAGCAAAUUUUGGAGGGCUCUAACAAGUACAUGCACCCAAUGAAUCUCAGCACUGUUAUGGCAUUGGACUCUAGGACCUAGAGAGGAGAGUCCUUUACUUCUCAUUAUUAUUAUUAUUAUUAUUAUUAAAUUAUCCCUCUCUUUUCUCUCUUUUUUUUUAUUUAUUGUUCUAUGUGGCCUGUUUGUCAGUGCUAUUAUUAUACCCUUUAAGGCCCUUUAGAAAAUUACAUUAUGAUAUUCCAAUAAGGUAAUUAGUUUAGGAUAUCCUCUAUCUCUCUCUCUUUUAUUAUAGAGUGUUGGUAAUAUUGUGUCUAGAUGUGUGUUGAGUGUGAUCAAAUUGUGUAUGCUUUUAUGGUGUAAUUGCUACUUUAAUGGCAGGUUAAUGUAUUUAUCCUUUUCAAAUAAA